AUGCCGAACGUUCCCAACAACAGCUCAGAUCCACCUGAUGACAUCCUGAUUUCCAAGGGAGACGCUGACGACGGCAAUCCUCCCUGGCUUGCUCAGGUCCCAAUUGUAGCAACGCCCUCUACCGAUCCUGUACAGCUUGUAAACGGCAAAUCAGCCUGGAAAGAUCUGCCAGACAUGGCGGGAUUCACCCUCAACCGCACUUUCCAAGUGCUUCCAAACCUCGUCAUGCCCAUGUACAUCUCGCAGAGCUAUCGACCAGGAGAAGACAACAGCCGGAUCCAACGAGCCGUCAUCACCAUGCCUGGUAAGCCGCGCGACUCGUGGAAGUACGCCAACCUUUUUCGCAACGCUCUCGCCGUCGCAGCUUCGAACGCGAGCAACGGCAUCUCAGAGGAUCAGGUCAUGAUCGUUGGACCGGUCUUUCUCAAUUCCGACGACAAGGAUUCGGGGGCAGUAAGAGAGGGUGAGCUGUACUGGCACGGUUCGCAGUGGCAGUCCGGACACAAAGUGCGCAACGAACAACCACGAGCUAAUCUAAGCUCGUAUCACGUGUUGGACAACAUCACCGACUUCAUCUUCAAGUCGGGAGAGUUUCCUUCCAUCAAGCAAGUUGUGAUCGCAGGACACUCGAUGGGUGGACAGGCGGUGCAACGCUAUGCGAUGCUGAAGAGAACCAAGGCAUACGAUAGCAAUAUGCGCUUUUGGGUGGGCAACCCGGGUUCGUGGGCAUGGCUGGACGAUCAGCGACCGUACCAAAAUGCUUCCUGCAUCGGAUGGGAUAGCUGGGGCUAUGGUCUGGGCAACGUCUCCAGCGUCAUUGGCUACGCACGUAGAGAUGUCAACGCUAGCAAAGAGGCCGUCGUCGAGCGUUUCCGUUCGCGCAGUAUUCACUAUGCGAUCGGACUCGCGGACACGGGGGCCGGCGACACGCACUGUCAGGCAAAGAUGCAGGGAGGAAGCCAUCUGGAUCGCGGCUCGCAGUUCGUCCUUUCACUCGGUCGGCUCGGCGGCUUCCCCCCCAAUCACACGUUCGACGUGAUCGCAGGAACAUCUCAUCAGGACUACCCGAUGAUCCGUGCUGACAAGUCGGUGCAGCGAAUCUUCCUGGAUGACUUCAACAUCACCUUCCCGCUCUUGACGAACACCACCGAUCCAGGCGAUCGACUUCGCCACGAACACCAUCACAACAUCACGCGUCAUGAUCCGCACAAGCUCAAGAUGCACGCAACGCCCAAACAUCUCGUGAUCGCAUCCGCUCUGCUGGGCGGAUCGGUGCUGUUCAUCAUGUGCUUCUUCACAUUGCUGCCGUGGGUGUUCAGCGACAAUUACGACGAGAGGAGCUACGAGGUGGAGAUGUCGAGUCGCCGAAGACUGCUGUCAUGA